AUGCAGUGGAGGGUACCAUUUUCCAUAUUAGUGCUGUUCGUUUUGGGAGAAUGUCAAUUUACGGCAGCCUUGAUUUGUAUAGAAUGUACAGAUUGUCCAGAUGCCACUGACAUCCGGGCAAUAACAUGCAGUACGGGCUGUUCAAUUUGGAAAAACGACAACGGUGUUGUUGAACGUGGCUGCAGAGACGGAGGAUCAACAAACGUGAUAGUGAUAGCGAAUUGCAACGCCUUCAUGUGUAACAACCGACUUGUUCCCGUUUGUCAGCAGUGUUGCUCAUUAGAAAGUUGUGAAGAAGUAGCAUGUGACACGUUGGAAGCUGAGUGCUAUGUUAACAAAGAAGACGACCGUCGUGGCUGCACUUCGGAUGGCAACUAUACGAACACUGUGGAUUUUGAAACUUGCAAAUCGUACAACUGUAACCGAGUGGCCCACUGCGUCAUAUGCAGUUCUGACAACGGACCAGAUGACGCAAACUGCUUAAACGAUCCACUGAAUUUCACUCAACCUUGUCCACUCCAUGGAUUUGUUACAGAUGAGAACUGCUAUCGCUACGAAGUAAGUAAGGAACAAUUUCAGCUAGGAUGUACUACUGAUCCAGAUAUACCAGAAAAAUGCGGUGUUAAUGAUUGUUAUAAGUGUGAUGCUGAUAAUUGCAAUCAAAGAGAAUUUCAAACCUGCUACGCAUGUGACAAUUGUCGAACAUUAGAACAGGAUCAAGGUAGUCCUAGGUGUACCGACUACAAUUCCACAUGCUUUAUUGCAUAUGACCGUGGUUCCAAAGCAACAACCCGUGGUUGUUCGAAUGAUUUAGACAAGAACUUAUACGAGAAAAUUGUCUACGAAUGCUCAGAGCCCAAUUGUAAUGGUGAUGAAUUCCCAACGCACCGUCAGUGCUACCAGGACGCUAUUGAAGGCAAUGACUACUGCGAUUCACUAAAUGCAACAAGAUGUUUCACACAGGAUGGGUUGAAUCGCGGUUGCGACACGGAUCAAGGAUUCCAGGAUUGUAAAGAGUUUGAAAAUUGUGUGAUUUGCGAUUCGGACGGAUGUAAUUUUGAUGAGCCGGCAGCGGAAUGUGUGAUUUACACGAAUGCGGCAGAAUGCACGAAGAAAAAAUGUGAUCAAGAAACAUUCAACGUCGGGUGUUACAUGUAUCAUGGGCCUAACGGGACGCUUGUGAAAGGUUGCCUAAAUGAACUGGUGGAUGAGCAAACCGAGGAGUAUCAAGCUUGUACAAAUAAUGAAGAGUCUUGUCAGAAGUGUACCGGCUUGUACUGCAACGAGAUGCAUUGUUUGUCGUGCAACUCUCGAGACGGAGUGGAAUGCGUAGCAGGAGAAGGCAACAUCCAGUACGAAUUGUGUCCGAUGGAUGAAGACAAAUGUAGGAUGUUUGUCGACGACGAAGGCCACACGGUACGCGGAUGUUCCAGCAAGUUUGAGGAUCGUAUAUGUGAUGAUAAAUGUCAAGAAAACGGGGAGCCCGCAAGCAACGAUGAACUGUUUCCGAAAGAUGCGAUGAAAUGCUAUCAAUGUACCGAGGACUGCGAUGUCGUUGAUCGAGAGCAACUUAAUUAUUGCAGUCGGAAUAAUGUCUCGGGAUGCUAUUACAAGAUUGACGGUAGCGACACCACGAGUCGUGGAUGUCUGUCUGAAGAAGGACUAGAUUGCGGAAACGCUUGUAAUACAUGCACAGAAGACAAGUACAAAUGCAACAACAACGAUAUCUGUGCAACCUUGUGUUCCGAUGGAAUGUGCAAUGAGAUAUGUAGCAGUAAUAAGUCUGAUAAGAAGUGUUUCCGCUACCAAAACCAGGACAACGCGCCGCAGUUGGGAUGUAUUGAUAAAAUACCCGAAAUCUGUGAUAACGAUAAAGACCACUGUUUUCAAUGUGAGGAGAAUUUGUGCAAUGCAGAAGAACUUGCGGAGUGCUUCGAGUGUACAGAUUGUUUGACGGUGGACGAUGUGGAAACCAUACUUUGUGCGAAUCCCGCAGAUCAGUGCUUUACAGUUAGAAAGGAUAAAGGAGAAGUGAUUCGUGGUUGUACCAGUGACUAUAACGGGGAGGAACUCAAAGAUGACGAAAUUUGUCCAGGAGCUGCGUGUAAUUCGGAUAUUAUAGGCAAAUCAUGUUACCAAUGCAAAAAUUGCACCGAACUCCAAGACUUGUCACCAAAAGUCUGCAUUCAAUCUUUCAAAGGAUGCUACACUGUCCAAGAUCUCAAGGACCAAACCAUUGAUCGUGGUUGCGUAUCGGACUCUGGGUUCACCUCUUGCAAAGAAAACAUAAACUGCUUUAUUUGUGUCGACGAAGUCUGCAAUACUCACGAAGUUAAGCCCAAUCCGUUGUUGUGUUCUUCAUGUUUAGGAAAAAACUGCUCCAACUACACGCCAGCAGAGCAGUGUGGAAACAAUGAAGAUUUACUCAUUAAUCUCUGCGUAACUAUUUCCGUAGCCAACGUUACAUUGUUCAAAGGCUGUCUAAGUGACGGAAUUCCAGAAGACCUAGAAAUUUUUUGCUACACCCCUCAACAAUCUUGCGAGCUCUGUGACGAAGACUACUGCAAUACUCCCGAUCUGUCCUGUUUCAGUUGUUCAACUGAUAAAGACGGUAUUGAAUGUAUCACGAAUCCAAUCGAUUUAUCUUAUUGUAAAGCCAACGAAGUUUGUGUUACCUACAUGGACGACGCCGGGCAUCUAAACCGGGGAUGUUCCACUGAUCAGGAAGGUAUAUGCAUCGAAGGUCCACUUUGUAAGCAAUGUAAAGAUCACAAUUGCAACGUACAACUCCUACCUGAAAAUCGUAUCUCUUGUUACCAGUGCGACGGAGAUGGAUGUGAAGCAUCAAAGCUGCAGCCUUCCGACUCGAAACCAUGUCUAGUCUACGGCGAAGACCAAUUCUGUUACACAUACGCUCAAGACAAUAUCACGGUCACACGAGGUUGCUCUAAUGAUAAGUUAGCUCUCGUAUGCGAUAGCGAACCCUGUGUACCCUGCCACGAUAAACACUGCAAUAGCCAGGAUACGGUGCAAGCAAACCAACUUUCCUGCAUUCAAUGCCCGAGCAACAGUGCAUGUGAAGGGCAAGCAUUUGGCACAAUGUGUACAAAGGAACAACUUCUGGGUCGGUCAGAUCAGUGCUAUACGCUAUAUUUCAAAGACCUGAUAAUCGAAAAGGGUUGCUUAUCCGAGCUACCUAUCGACCAUUUAUAUUACGAGGACUGCUUGAUAGAAGAUCCUAGAUGCACAAUAUGUUCUGAAAACGAUUGCAACUUUGGAGCGGCAUUAUGCUAUAAGUGCAACUCAAACGAGGACAACGAUUGCUCCGAGCUGGUAUCUACUUCCCAAUAUCAAUUCGAAUGCCAAACGGAAUGCUUGACUCUAGUAGAUGCCCAUGGCUACACCAAACGAGGCUGCGUCGAAGAUUUCCCCGACGCAUGCGAAAAUAUUUCACAGUGCGACACCUGUCAAGGUAAACUGUGUAACGACAAAAUCCUCCCUGAACAUCGUCAGCGGUGUUACGUUUGCCAGGGUUCCAAACUCGAGUGCCUCAAUCCUAUUCCGGGGCUUGUCAAGGCAUGUGUGGUGUACACGCCCGACGACAAAUGCUACACGCGCUUUGAGAAUUCCACAUGGGUCGAGAGGGAUUGCUUAUCGAGCAUUGAGGAAGAAACGUGUGAAGAUGAGUGUGUUAAAUGUCCAAAUAUGGGUUGCAAUGACUACAAAGCGUACGAAUCGAAUUUGCUUUCGUGCGUUACCUGUGAAGGUGAAACAUGCCGCGGAAUAGUUGAUGGGCAGCAAUGCUCCAAGCAACUACUUCUCGGAAGACAAGAUUCUUGCUACGAAUACACGGAUGGGGAUAUGGUUUCAAAGGGCUGUCUCAGCGAUUUGGAUGAAGACAGUGAGAUUAAGGAGGAAUGCGUGAACAGUCUAGAAGGAUUGUGCAGGUUGUGCAGUCAUGAUGACUGUAAUGGAGAUAUUUUCAACUGUGUUUCGUGUGACUCUUCCACAAAUCCGGAAUGCGGUGAAUGGAUGAAACCUGUUUCACCGGACAUGUUGGUCAUAUGUGAAGGGCGCAGAUGUGUAAGCUACGUUGAUGAUAAAGGCUUUACGCAAAAAGGAUGCAGCACCGAAACAACUGCCUGCGUACAAGGCGAUGCUACCUGCUAUGAAUGCCACGAAUCCAUGUGUAACAAUGCAGCAUUUCCUGAGGACCGUAUCCUAUGCUAUCAGUGUGAAGAAUGCAACUAUCUAACACCAACCGAUCGACCAGUUGCUUGUUCGAAAUACAGUCCGGAUGAAUCCUGCUAUACGUACGUUAUUGGUGACUCUAUCUACCGAGGUUGCCUAAUGGACACGGUUCUUGAAUGCACCGAACGCUGUUUAACAUGCAAUAGCUCCAGUUGUAAUGAUCAUCCGUACGAAUUUAAUAGUUCGCUUUCCUGUAUUAAGUGCAGUGGUGCACGAGACUGCCAAGAAAAAUCAGAAACGGAGCUAUGUGUGGGAACACUUAAUCUAAGCAGCACAGAUCAAUGCUACAGCCUUUUGGUGAAUGAUGAAAUAAUUGAGAAAGGUUGUCAACGAGCUUUCCCUGAAUGUUCUGAUCUGGUAGAUUGUACACUCUGCAGCUGUGAUGGAUGCAACCUGUAUUCAACAGAUCCGGACAUCAUCAGCUGUAUUGAGUGCGAAGGAGAGGACUGUGGAAAUGAACUAGACGCCAGGGAGUUGUGCGAAGAUGUAGCUUGCAUAUCGUACGUUUCAAAAGAGGGAAUUGUAUCACGCGGUUGCCUAAGCGGCUUUGAAAACCUUUGUUCCAGUUAUGGAAACAAACAUGAAACUUGCUCUGAACCCGUUUGCAAUAAAAACAUCUUCCCAUCGGACAGAAUCAAGUGCUAUCGCUGCGACGACUGUGAGACGAUGCUUGGAAGUCCUGAAAUUUGUGCCAAAUACGUUGAAGGAGAUGGUUGCUUCACUGCUAUUUCAGAUGAUGGUUCAACAGUAUCUCGUGGAUGCAUAUCCGAACUAAAAACAAUUUGUACUGGAGCGUUAUGCACUCCCUGCUAUGAAACAGGUUGCAAUGGCGAAAAUCAACCCGAUCAAAGUACUACAGAAGCUCCGGGAAGUACAAGCACAUCAACUGAAGACAGUUCCAUAACAACCGAAGAGGGCAGUUCAACAAGCGAGGCAAGCACUUCAACAAACGACGCGAGCACUUCAACUGUCAACAGCGUAGAAACUACGACCACCACGUCAUCAUUGGCCUGCAUUAGGUGCAAGGAAUCAAUGGAUGUCACUUGUGCGUGGGGCUUCCAAUCGGACUCGGCCGAGCAGUGUCCUACGGAUAGUGAAACCGGAUGCUUCACGUGCAAACAGGAAGAUAAUAGCAUCGUUCGAGGUUGCUCAUCGGAACAGGGCCAAAAUACAUGCUCAGCUACAUCGAUUGAAGAGUGUGCCGAAGCAGGUUGUAACAACGAAAAUCAGCUCACUCAACAGUGUGCAAUCUGUGAAAGUAACUGUGACGGUCCCAAUGUAUCCUAUCGGGUGGAGAAAUGUGAAGGGAUCGUAGAGUACGCCAAUCGUGGCUGUUAUCUUAUUAGAAACGAGCGCAGAAUUGUUACCGAGCGAGGAUGCGUUUCAGAGCUUGAUGCCGAAAAGAAACAAAAUUCUAACCGAAAGCGCUUCAAGAAGCCUCGAUAUCCAGCGGUAGACGAGGCGUUAUACGUUUGGUUCCUGCAAAAACGGCAGCUAAACGUUCCUGUAAGCCACGAAAUGCUUCAAGUACAGGCUCAGAAGUUCUAUUCACAGAUGAUUGGGGAAGGUGAAUAUGGUAGCCGUGGUACAGAGGAAUUGCGAACAGAUGACGGAGCCAUAUUUUGCAAAUUUUUGCCACCCAAUACCACCGCUGUAAUCCAACCGAUGGAUCAGCAUGUUAUUCAGAUGGUGAAGGCUCGUUACAAGAAGAUCAUGACAAACGAGAUUCUUGGAAGAGGUGAUGAUUUUCACGAUAACGUCAAACGCAUCAACAUCAAAGAUGCCAUGUAUUGGAUUGCCCAAGCAUGGGAAGCUGUUCCGGAAUCUGCCAUUCAGAAGUCCUGGAAAAUAUUGCAUACGGAAACACCGGGUGAUGAUGAGGACGACUUGCCAUUGUCCGUAUUGCAAGAAAGGCUGAGGAACAUAAUGAAUAAUAUUAAUUAG